AUGAAGGUGUUAAUGAUUUUGGUGAUAUUGAUUUCCUUUUUACAAUCAGGUGUAGGCUCGUUUAAUCAUUACAUGCUAGCGGAAGUAUGGCCAGCUGGUUUUUGUCAGACUCAAACCUGUAUAAAACAGGUCAACAAAUUUAUUAUUCAUGGCCUAUGGCCACAGGGAGUGGAUCCAUCUCCAUGUCCAAAAACUGAAUUAAAUCUUUAUCGUUCAGUGGUGAAGAAGCUUGAGGUUGAUUGGCAAUCUUUGACCGAGAAGGAAGACAAAGUGUUUUGGAAAGAGGAGUGGGAUAAACACGGCUCUUGCUCCAUGUUGGAACAAAAUGAGUACUUCACAGCCGCAUCAACAAUUUAUCGUAAAAAAAGUAUCAUUAAAAUACUUAAUGCAAAGGGUAUAGGAAAUACGUUUGUUGCGGAAUCCUUAUCGAAACAAAAAUUUGAGAAGGCUAUUGAAGAUGGCUUUGGCGUUAAAGCGCAACUUUACUGUGACACUCAACAUAAUUUGGUUGAAGUAAGACUUUGUAUGAAUAAAAAUGAGCCUUAUGAUUAUAGGGACUGUUCUGCUGCUUCUGCAACCUGUCCAGAGACGAUGGUAUAAUAUUCCAAUAUUCAUAUAAGAAGCAUGCUGUUAUGACCCAGGAUGACCCUACGGACCCUGAAGAAGAUCAAUUGCCAAGGGCCAUGCCCCCUCUCUAAUAUACAGACGCAGCAGCAGUAGUAUGUCACAUUUCCAUAUUCAUAUUCGUGGUUAAGAUAGAUAUGCAUGAAUCAUCAUGAGUCAUGUAAUCACUUAUUCCUUUUAAAUAAAUGGAAAUUUAUUUUACUUA